AUGUCGGACGAGGUCGAGAUGAGGCAAGCCAAGUGCCGUCAAGACUACAUGGCGAUUGUUAAACAGAGCCGGCAGCUCAUAGAAAAGCUGGAGCCAAAGAAUGAACCAAAGAAAAGGCAGAGGCGAUCAAAGAACUCUGAAACGGAAAAGGCGACCACAGCGAGCUCGUCUAAGAAAAUGGACCGCAAAGAGCUUGAGGAGACCAUCAGGGGGUUUCUGAAGGAGCUCGACUGA